UAUCAAGUUCGGGGGAGGAGACGGUGGCGCAGCCUCUGGUGCGAGUGCAGGAACAGAAGACGAUUAUGAAGGUAUUGGUAGCCGUAGAUGAGAGUGAAGGGAGUUUGUAUGCUCUCCAAUGGGCUCUUCAAAAUAUUCCUCUCCACCGUCAGAGUACUGCAGCUCCGGUGGAGGAGGAGGAGCCACCUGCGAUCACGGUGGUUCAUGUCCAACUUCCUUUCCAACAGCCAUACACUGCCAACCCUGUUGGUCCCGUUCUAUUCGCAACACCUGCGGUAAUGGACUCGGUAAAGAAGGCACAAGAACAUAGCAGUGCGGAAGUCCUCUCUCGUGCCUCAGAACUAUGCAAACAACACAUGAUAAAAGCAGAGACAAUGGUGGUAAGAGGAAACCCGAAGGAAAUGAUAGUUGAAGCUACGGAGCAAAUGAACGUUGAUCUUCUAGUUGUUGGGAGUAGAGGCCUUGGCCAAAUUAAAAGGGCGUUUUUGGGGAGUGUAAGCGAUUAUUGCGCACAUCAUGCGACAUGUCCUGUUCUUAUAGUACGACCACCUAAGUCAUCAAACAAGUAGCUUUUUCAGCAUCUGCACGCGUUGUACUUUGCGUUUCCGUGGAGUAAAUAAGAGCCAAUAGCUCGUGUGCAACAUCUAGGAUGCAAUAAAAACUGCAAAUGUGUUUCCCAACCUUGAUUAUGGCUUGUAUCAGCUACUUAAUCCAUGAAUGAUAAGAGUUUACCGGCUUAA